AGCAAGGGCCGCGGAAAUCUUGCUUUGUAUUCUUUGUGUUCGCGUAAGUCCCAAGGGUCUUUCCUCGAGUUCCGGCCUCUGGAUGUACUGUUCGCUGUCCCACAAGCUUGGGUUUGAUUAUUUGACUUGAAGGUAUCUGCCAGCGCGGAGAGGAGCUCUGCAAGCCGGAGGCACUCUGCAGGUAUUUAUAUAUUUUAGAUACUAAUCCUCUACUGGAUGUGUAAUUGGUGAAGAUUUUUUCCAAAUAUAUGUGAACAUAUCCAAAUAUAGAAAAGGUAUGAAAUAUCAACGCCUCAUAAUUUUUCCCCUCCUUAUGUAGAUAGAAACACUGAUCUUGAGUGUUUUUCUGGAUUUAAGCUGAAUACUGUCUUAUUUAAAACUAUUAGUAAAAAUGCCUCAACACCUGAGUGAAAGCUAACAUCAAUCUUGAACCUACAAAAAGAGGUCUGUGAAAGUCUACAUGAUCUGCCGUCUUUUGAGUCAAAUUCAGGAAGAAACACAGGGAAGAAAGAAGAAAUGGCUGGUUCUAAGUUGUCAUUCAGAGAUGUAGCCAUUGAUUUCUCUCCAGAGGAGUAUGAAUGCCUGGGCCCUGCACAGUGGGAUUUGUAUAGUGAUGUGAUGUUAGAGAAUUACAGCAACCUUGUCUCUCUGGGUCUUGCUUUCUCUAAGCCAUAUCUGAUCACAUUUCUGGAACAAAGAAAACAGCCUUGGCAUGUGAAACAACAAGCAACAGUAACCAUGUACCCAGUAACAAAACCUUAUAAAUGUAAAGAAUGUGACAAGGCCUUUGUUCGGAAUUCACUCCUUAUUCAACACCAGAGAAUUCAUACUGGAGAGAAACCCUACAAAUGUGAACAGUGUGGCAAAGCUUUUAGCUGUUCUUCAAGCCUCAUCCCACAUCAAAGAAUUCAUACUGGAGAGAAACCCUACAAAUGUGAACAAUGUGGUCAAGCAUUUAACUGUUCUUCACACCUGUAUAAGCAUCAAAGAAUUCAUACUGGUGAGAAACCCUAUAAAUGCACAGAAUGUGGUAAAGCUUUUAACUGGUCUUCAAGCCUUACCCAACAUCAAAGAAUUCAUACUGGAGAGAAACCCUACAAAUGUAAAGAAUGUGACUUGGCCUUUAAUUGUUCUUCACACCUGUAUAGGCAUCAGAGAAUUCAUACAGGUGAAAAACUUUACAAAUGCAAGGAAUGUGGCAAGGCCUUUAACUGUUCUUCAUACCUUAAUUAUCAUCAGAUACUUCAUACUGGAGAUAAACCCUACAAAUGUAAAGAAUGUGGCAAAGCCUUUACCAUGGUCUCUUAUCUCACUCGACAUCAGAGAAUUCAUACUGGAGAAAAACCCUAUACAUGUAAAGAAUGUGACAAAGCAUUUAAUAAUUGUUCAGCCCUAAUUCAACACCAAAGAAUUCAUACUGGAGAGAAACCCUACAAAUGUGAAGAAUGUGGCAAAGCCUUUAAUAAUAGUUCAAGCCUUACUCAUCACCAAAGAAUUCAUACUGGAGAGAAACCCUACAAAUGCAAAGAAUGUGGCAAGGCCUUUAACUCGUCUUCACACCUAAAUUAUCAUCAAAGAAUUCAUACUGGAGAGAAACCCUAUAGAUGUGAAGAAUGUAGCAAAGCCUUUAAUAAUUUUUCAGCCCUUAUUCAACACCAAAGAAUCCAUACUGGAGAGAAACCCUACAAGUGUGAAAAAUGUGGCAAAGCCUUUAAUAAUUGUUCAGCUCUUAGUCAACACCAAAGAAUUCAUACUGGAGAGAAACCCUACAAAUGCAAAGAAUGUAGCCAGGGCUUUAACUGUUCUUCAAAUCUUAAACAACACCAAAGAAUUCAUACUAGAGAAAAACUCUACAAAUAUGAAGAUUAUGGCAAAGCUUUUAAUAAUUGCAAAGCCCUUACUCAAUACCAAAGAAUCCAUACAUACUGGAGAGAAACCCUGUAAAUGCAAAGAGGGUAGCAAAGUAUUUAACAAUUGUUUUAUACUUAUGUAAUAUCAAAAUUUUAUGCAUAGUAGAAACACUGCAAGUUAAAAUCAUGUGGCAAAUCCUUUAUUCUUCAUGCCAUAAUCAACACCAGAGAUUUUUGUAUUGAUGAGAAACCUUGCACAUAUAAAUAAUGUUGCACAGCCUUUAGCUGAAGCUUGAUCUUCAUUAACCAUCAAUGAAUUCAUAUUAGAUAGAAACUUUAUACAUGUAAUGACUGGAAGGAAUUUAGUCUAAUAUUUAUAGCUCAGAAAAACAAAGUAUACUACAAAACAUGUAACUAAUAAGAAGAUAGCCAAGCCUUUGCUGACACCUCAAAUCUUACUGAAUGUAAGGAAAUUAUUAUAACAUAAAUCCAAUGAAUACAUGGAAUGUCACAAAAACUUGAAGGAAGCCAGGCAUGGUGGCACACACCUAUAAUUCCAGCACUCAGGAGA